AAGAUUGAAAGAAAAAAACAAAAAAGCACAAUAGUCGUUGUUGACGCAGGAAGGAAGGAAAGGAAGAUCGUGAACAAAAAACGUAAUUAGUUUAUUUAUAUUGUCUCUGCCUGUAGGAAGGGAAGCAUUAAUUGCAAUUUAACAUACAUCAUAGAUUUAUUCAUUUCCCUCCCAUUCACAUUCAUUCCCAAAUUGCAAUUUCAAUACUCUUCUCAACGCUACGCUGUCUUCACUUCAUGGGGAAUUGUGUGGCUAAGUCUCAGUCCCAAACAAAAGAUGAUGAUUCUGUUCAGCAUGUGGAAUUUGCUUCUGGAAAUGUGCAACUUAUUACUACCAAAGAAUCUUGGAACCAAACGCUAGAACAAGCAAGGGGAGAUAGAAAAAUUGUCAUUGCAAAUUUCAGCGCAAGGUGGUGUAGUCCUUGUAAGAUAAUUGCACCGUAUUAUUGCGAGUUAUCAGAGAAAUACCCAUCAAUUAUGUUCUUGGUAAUUGAUGUGGAUGAACUAACUGAUUUCAGCACAUCCUGGGACAUUAAAGCCACACCAACUUUCUUCUUUCUUAGAGAUGGACAAGAGAUUGACAAACUGGUAGGAGCCAACAAACCAGAGCUGGAGAAGAAGAUUGCUGCAGUUAAUUUAGUUCCCCGUUAUCAAUAGCGAUUAUUGUAUUAUCCAUAAUUUGUAAAACCAAUGUUCAACCCUUGGGGGUAUGUAUGUAUGUAUGUAUGUAUUCAGUGUGUGUCCCUGCAACUUUAAUUUGUCACUGUAUUUUAAUUUGUAAGUAAAUAUUCAAUUGAUAUCAUUGUAGUUAAAAAAAAGUUUAUUUCUGACAUAUAAAGAAUUGUUGAGCCCUAU